ACCAAUGAAAGAAACCUCACUUCACCCUGGAUCUCUACAGCAGUGAGGACUUCCUAACAUCUCUCUAGCAGGGAAACAUCCAAAGGAAUCGUCUAUCAGGUUUUGUUGCAGGCAACAUCAAAGACCACUGCACAUCAGGUGCACCUUGUAGGAUCCCUGUUAUUCAUUUCCUAGUGGAACUGGACAAUACGUAUUCUUGAAGCAUGGGUACAACGUGUUUAACGAUUUUACUGGCGUCCCUGGUCUAUGUCCAGGCGCAGUUCCCUCCGAAUCCAAGGCAGCCCCAAAACCCUGGAGGUUUCCCAAAUCAAGGAAUCCCUCCAAAUAACCCAGGCGGUGGUAGGUUCCCAGGCAAUCCAGGAGGUGGUGGGUUCCCAGGCGGCGGUGGACCAGGAGGCGGAUGGGGCGGCAACCCAGGAGUUGGACCCGGUAACCCUGGAUUCCCUGCAGGAGGUCCCCAUGGACAACCACAAAUGCCGGGACACGUCAUGGGUGGAUGCCUGCCUGGAUGGACCAACUUUGGAAAUUUGUGCUACAAGUAUUUCUGGCAAAGACUGCCAUAUGAUGAAGCCAACAAUAUGUGUAGACGUUUCUCAGCUCAGAUGAUCCCAGGGUCCUACUACAGACCGAUGCCUGGUCACCUGAUCGUCACCAAAGACAUGAUGCACAAUAAAUUCCAACAUAACUGGCUUAGAUACACCGGUGGGGGCGCCAACAAGGUCUGGAUGGGACUUGCCGAACUGCCUGCUGAUCCCGAAAGCAACAGAUACUUCUGGGCAGAUGGAACUGAAUUCUUCUGGACACGCAACCAUAUCUUCAACCGCUUCAAGCCGGAUCAACCGCAGCAGAAUGCUCACCGGCAAGCGGUCCAUAGUUUCAAUAACCGACCGGAUAACACGUGGGUAACGACAAGCGUCGAAACCGAAGUCUCUUUCAUCUGCCAAUACCAAUAUAAAAUAUGAACUCUCUUUUAAACCCAUUGUCUAUUCGAACAGAGUGAUUUACUGAUUAGUAUUCUCAGGCAAUGGGUUGGUACGACCGCUUCUUUUGCACAGGACUAAACGAACUUUGACCUUUGACCCCACAGCAGCCGGAACUGGAUGUAACGCAUUCAUCGCACAUUUCCUACCAGAGCGUCUUUUUUACUAUCAUAGAUGAAUCAUCGGAUGCCAUGUUCGAUAUAUUUGUUUAAAAUUCGAAAUGGCGGUACUAGGCCUCUGUGAAAUGGAAAUUAAACAUUAACAAGAACUAAUGAAAUUCCUUUUAAAGAAUAAUCUGCUCUCUUCUGGUUUAGAGUUUGUGCUAUCCAAGGAUUCCCGCUUGAUUGAUAUGUAUAUAAGGGCAAUACUACCAACGUGUCUUUCGCCUUAAACGCUAAACGUCUCCGAUCAUGCAAUAAACGGGUUUAGUGUAUUUUAUUUCAAAUUAGUUCGGUAGAUUUAAUUUCAAAUAAGUUUAAUUUUGGCCAUGUGUUUUUAUAAACUAUCAAUGAAUUGGAAAAAUAAUUAUUUUAUAACGAUUCGAUGUUAUGUCACUUCCUUUAAAAAUUAAUGCCUUUCCUGUAAUUUGGUGUAUUUACGAGUUUAUUUCAAAAGAAUUGUCUUUUUAAUAGAGAAACUGACCAGGAUGGGCAGGUAUUUGAAUUUGAAUAAAAUGUGUGUGUUUUGCAUAUCAAACUGACGAUAUGGGGACGUGAUUUUUUUUUUGUUAAAUGUAAAUAUGGAAUAUUUUAUUAUGAAUAUUGGGUAACGUGGAAAUAUUUGGAUGGGCAUUGCUGAUGUAACAUGAGAUUAAAACCAUUAGGCUGUGGACGCAACAAAUA